AUGAACCCCUCAGGCUCAAAAGAGAGUUCCAAAUCCAAAAAAGGCACCCCACUCCAGGUGCAUCCCCGAGGAGAUGCUAUCCGCUCCAAGCUGAUCUACACUUUCUACCUGAUCGACCACCUGAAGGGGCUGAGCCAUGCCGUCCCACGGCACAAUAUACGCGACUUCCUGGAUCACAGGAAACUCAAGAAGCUGAUGCUCACCGACCAUAACCAGCUGGUCCGUUUCAACGUGAUGCCCGUCCGGAACGUUUUAAUCACCCAAGAGAAACGCUGGCGCAAUCGUAUCCGGGUGCGCUGCAGUCGCUUCCCCCCCUUCCCCAUGUGGGCUUAUUGGAUUCUGUCUUGCAAGGUGUUCAAAGGUUUCAUCAUUUUCCUCAUCUGCUUGAACAUGGUGGUCCUCAUGAUCCUCACGGAGAUUGCGCGGAACACAGAGGAGCACUUUAUGAUCAUGAAGAUAGUCCUAGAGGUGACUGUCUGGGUGAUUGUCCUCAUCUUUAUCAUCGAGAUCUGGCUGAACUGGAUGGUUGGCUUUUGGAAGUACUGGAAAAAUCCCUGGAAUGUCUUUGACUUUACUAUCACCCUGAUGUCCUUCAUCCCUGAAUUUGCUGUCCUCACAGAUCUGGCCCACAGGGUGGCGACCAAACGGAUCAUCCUGGUUUUCCGCGUCCUGCGCUGCUUAAAGCUGUUCACCCGAGUCCGUCAGGUCCGGGUCAUUAUCAUGGCCAUCGCUAAAGCACUGAGGGCCAUGGCUUUCAUCCUGCUUCUCCUCGUCUUCUUCUUUUAUGUCUUUGCUGUAUCAGGUAUUUUCUUCUUUGAGAGCUACACCCGCUCAGACAGGAAUGACCUUGAGUACAGCAAUUACUUCAAGGACAUGCCCAAUGCUUUGGUGACCAUCUUCAUCCUCUUAACCAUGGACCACUGGUACGCUCUGAUGCAAGAUGCGUGGAAGAUCCCGUCGAUCAACAAAGUCGUCACCGGCAUGUUUAUCAUCUUGUGGCUUCUCAUUGGAGCAUUCAUCUUCAGGAACCUCUUUGUUGCCAUCAUGGUGGCUAAUUUCCAAAACAUUCGGAAUGACUUGAUGGAGGAAAUGAAGCAGAUCGAGGCCCAGAAGCAAGCCGACAGGUUCAAGAUGGAGAUUAUAGAGAACAGGUACACCUCGUCCCAGUUACUUGGAGAUUCGAAUCAGGGAAUAACGGGCUUAGGAAAAGCGUCCACACACAGAGAGGACCCAGAUUACUCUGCGCAUGAAUUCACCACUGGGGGCUUAGACUGGGAGAGCUACAUCUACAAAAACCUGCCCGGUCUUUAUCAGGCGGAUGACGACGAGCAAGUGGCGUGGCCGCGUGACACCCUCUUCCGCUACUUUGAGCUAUUGGAGAAGCUUCAGUACAACCUUGAGGAGCGUCAACAACUACAGCAUUAUGCCACACUGGCUCUGACCAACCUGGAGGACAAAUAG